CUUGCGGGCGGCGGCAGCCUCUGAGGCGCCUGCGCAGGCGCUCGCGCCGAGGGGGCAGCUGAGCUGCAGCUGCGGCGCGGGGCGGCCGCUCCCUGGCAGUGUGUGCUAAGAUGGCGGACUUCCUGCCGUCCCGCUCCGCGCUGUCGGGCUGCUUCCCCGGCUGCCUGCUGACCAGCAGCGAGGCCGAGCAGCAGCGCAAGUCCAAGGAGAUCGACAAGUGCCUGAACCGCGAGAAGACCUACGUGAAGCGCCUCGUCAAGAUCCUGCUGCUGGGCGCGGGCGAGAGCGGCAAGUCCACCUUCCUCAAGCAGAUGCGGAUCAUCCACGGCGCGUUCUGCAACUUUUCAAUUUUUUUUUUUCAAGGUAUAAGAGUCCUCGUAGAUGCUCGAGAGAAACUUCAUAUUCCUUGGGGUGAUCCUGCCAACCAAAAAAAUGGGGAUAUGAUGAUGGCAUUUGAUACUCGGUCAGCGAUGGUGGCACAAGGGAAGGUGGAGACUCGGGUUUUUUUACAGUACCUUCCAGCAAUAAAAUCACUGUGGGCAGAUAAUGGAAUCCAGCAUGCCUAUGAUAGACGCAGAGAAUUCCAACUGGGAGAGUCUGUAAAAUAUUUCCUGGACAACUUGGAUAAACUUGGAGAAUUGGAUUAUCUUCCAUCGCAGCAAGAUAUUCUGCUGGCACGAAAACCCACAAAAGGCAUUUACGAGUACACCUUUGAAAUAAAAAAUGUUCCCUUCAAAAUGGUUGAUGUAGGUGGCCAGAGGUCAGAAAGGAAACGUUGGUUUGAGUGCUUCGACAGUGUCACAUCAAUACUUUUCCUCGUCUCCUCAAGUGAAUUUGACCAGGUGCUGAUGGAGGAUCGGCUAACAAAUCGCCUUACAGAAUCUCUGAACAUUUUUGAAACAAUAGUCAACAACCGGGUUUUCAACAAUGUCUCCAUUAUUCUAUUUUUAAACAAGACAGACUUGCUUGAGGAAAAAGUACAAAAAGUGAGCAUCAAAAACUAUUUUCCAGAGUUCGAAGGGGAUCCCCACUGCUUAACAGACGUCCAGAAAUUCCUGGUGGAGUGUUUUCGUGCCAAACGCCGGGACCCACAGCAGAAGCCCCUAUACCACCACUUCACCACUGCUAUUAACACAGAAAACAUCCGGCUGGUUUUCCGUGACGUCAAGGAUACCAUUCUUCAUGACAACCUCAAGCAGCUUAUGCUACAGUGAUGUGCAAAAAGACAUUUUUAUUUGAAUACCUUUUGUGUGUUUAAAAUUUUGGUUUACAACAGAAGUAUAAAAAUCAGGUCCUGCCAGACUUCUUGAUGUGUGACUGAAAGCUGCUGCUGACCAUAUUAUUGCCAGUUUCUUCUGAAAUUAAGGCUUUAAUCUCACUGUAGCUUUGAGUUGACUCGAGUUUAUAGUUUUAUGGCAAACAAGUACAGAACCUGUAAAAUGACUAAACUUGACCUCCAUUGCUUGUAUGUUGCGCGCAAAAAAAGUCUCUAGAAAACACACUCCACCCACAAAAUGCCAAAUCUUCUUCAUACAUUCUUCAGAAUUGCAUUUGAUGUUUAAUUUUAAACUAUCACCUCGUAAAAACAAUAAUUAAGACUGUGGUGAUAUAGCUGACUGAUUUUUUUUCUCAGGUCCUUCAUUGUUUAGAUAUUCCAUAAUUUCUUGUUGGAGUCAUUUAGAAGUUAGCACAUUUGGCAAUAAUGCCUCCCCUACCUUAAAUAUAAAGCUUUUCAUGGUUUGAGAGUAGGGUAUGCUGUAGGUAAGAAACACAAAAGCUGGGAACUGUCAGCAUUAAUCCCUUCUCCCAGAAAUGUUUAAAUACUAAUACUGUCAGGAACUAGUAAACAGCACAGUUCAUGCUAAACUUCAUUUUCUAUUGCAUAUUUUAAGUACUCUGCUUCUUAGAGCUACACUAAAGCACAGAGCAUUUUGCAGGAAGGGGAGCCAAAUGUUAAAAUGUGUAUUCUCACUUUGUCACUGUGCAAAAUAGCUUACAUCCAGGUACCUUGCUGCAGAAUUAUGCUGAUUUAGAGUGCUUUAAUAUUUUCACCAUCACUUUUACAGUGAGCCUAGUCCUAUAUCAACAAGCAUUCACUGAUGCACGGAUAUAUUUACUAACAUAAGUGCCUCCUGUCUUCUAUCCUUCUGCAGUUUUUUCCAGUGGCCUUACCUGAAGACAAAUUACCCGGAGAGUGGCCUUGUGCAGAUAUGGGUAAAUAGGCCAAAUACCGUUAGGCCUGCCCUCUAUACAGAAAGCUGCGCAUAACGUCUCCCAGUAAAUGCUAAAGUAUGAAAACUUCAGAGACCAUCAGAAUUGAGUCUAGCAAUCAAUAAAAAUAAGAACUAUAAGAAUGGUCAUAUGUGUCAGACCAAUUCUCCAUUGAACCCAGUAUCCUGUCUUUUGACAGUGGCUAGUACCAGAUACUUCAGAGGGAAUGAACAGAAUGGGGCCACUGGUUGACUCAUCCCCUGUUGUCCAGGCCCAGCUUCUGGCAGUCAGAAGUUUAGGAGCAUCCCUGACUGUCUUGGCUAAUAGCUUUUGACGGAUUUAUAUUCCAGGAACUUACACAAUUCCUUGUUGAACCCAAUUAUGCUGUUGGCCUUCAACACCCACUGGCAACAGGUUUUGCAGGCUGGCUGUGGGUUGUGUGAAGAAGCAUAUCCUUAUGUUUAACACCUGCUGCCUUUAAUUCCAUUUAGUGACACUUGGUUCUUAUGUGACGUAAAUAACACUUCCCUGUUCACUGAUUUUUUUUAAUAGAUCUUCCUGCUUCUCCUUUCCCCUCCCCUGUCAUCCUUCUGAAGCUGAACAAUCUGAGACUUGUUAGUUUUGCUUACAUGGAAGCUCUUUCACUCCUCAGUCAUUUUUGUGCCUUUCUUUGUACUUUUUCCAAUUCUAAUAUUCUUGGAGAUGGGGCAAUCAGACAUUGUCAUGGUGUUCAAGAUGUGGGCAUACCAUGGAUUUGUGUAGUGGCACUGAUAUAUUGUCUUAUUUUUCUGUCCCUUUCUUGAUGUUUUCUAACAUCCUGUACCUCUUUUGAUUGCUGCAUGCAAGCUGUUGUUUUCAGAGAACUGUCCAUGAUCUGUCAUGAGUAGUAACAGUUAAUUAGACCCCCAUCGUUGUGUCUGUUUUCUAGUGUUUGCUUCACAUGUGCUGUUUUGUUGCAGUCACCCAAUUUUAUAAAAUUCCUUUAUAACUCUUUGCAGUUAGCUUUGAACUUAACUCUUUAAUUUUGUAUCUGCAGACUUUGCUACUUCAUGUUUACUCCUUUUUCCAAAUUACUUAUGAAUAUGUUGAAUAGCAUAGGCCUUAUUAGUACAGGUCCUUGAAUGAACUCCAUUUACCUCUCUCUACUGUGAAAACUGGCCAUUUAUUCCUACCCUUUGUUUCCUGGCUCAUGAGAUGAGCUUCCGUCUGCAGAGUAUGACUACUUAAUUUGCUUAAGAGCCUUUGGUGAGGGACCUUAUCCAAGACUUUCUGACAGUCCAAGCACACUGUCUACUCAAUCACUCUUGUUCAUGUUUGAUCUCAAAUGAUUUUAAUAGAUUUGUAAAGAGAAAUCAUGCUUCACCAAAGUAGUGUUGACCCUUCCCCAACGAAUGUUCUUCCAUGUAUCUGAUAACUGUAGUUUACUGUUACUUAAGUUAGGCUUACAGGCCUAUAAUUGCCAGGAAGGCCUACGGAGCCGUUUUUAAAAAUCAGCCUUACAUUAGCGAUUUGUCAGUCAUGAUAACCAACUGCUUAAAUCAGCCUAUAUACUACAGUUAGUGGUUCUGAUACUUCAUAUUUGAGUUUUCAGAACCCUUGGGAGAAUAUAAUCUGCUCCUGGUUACUUACUACUGUUAUCUUAUUAAUUUGUUCCGAAACCGCCUCCAGUGACACCUCAAUCUCGGCCAAUUGCUCAAAUUUUUCACCUAAAAAGAAUGCUUCUCUGCAACGGCUUUGUCUUCCUUGAAAGUGCCUUUAACCCCUUGACUUUUACACAGUCCCCACUGAUUGUGUGGCAUUCCUCUUGCUUCUGAUAUACUUAAAGUUGCUAUUAAUAAGUCCAGGUCACUGCUUUCUCCUGCCAGUGUUCUGCUUUGCUACUUGCCCCCGUAGAACUGGCUAAUUCUUGUGGCGGAGAACAGUUUUUAACAUGGGUGGUGGUAAGAUGUGCUGCAUGUGUGUUAAGCAGUCUGCCAUUGAAGUUCUAAUUGCUUAAAGUCUGCAUUGAAGAUGGGCUCGUUUUGGGAGGGGUCAGGCAGCUUGGGCUCUGUUUUCAACUCUGCCUCUGACUUCCUGUGACUAGGUCAUUUAAACUUCUCUGGACCUCAGUCUCAGUAAAAUGGGACUAGUGCAUACCCAUCACUGUGAAGUGCUUAGAAAUCUCUGGAUGCCGUGUGAUAGAAACCUGUCGGUUUAACCAAAAAUUCACUUUCUUUAAAUUAAAAAAAAAAAA